CGGAUGCGAAACCACCGGUAUAUACAUAGUUGUAAAUAUUUAGAGAUAUGGUAAAAUUACUUGUCUCGCCAAACGCAGUAUUACGCUCUAAAUAUUGCCACCUUUCCAAUUAUAAAUUGUAAUUAUAUAUUGGAGGAAUAGCUGGUAAAAUGUCAAAUCAAUUUGUUAUUCUUGUUUUCACCGCAAUUCUCAAUAAUUGGUUUCAAUUGAUAAAAUUAGAUACCUUCCAACGUCCCUAUAAUACGUCUAUUAUACUCUUAAAAAUCUGAUGGUAAUCGUCACAUCGCAGUGUUGACUAUGACAAGUGAUAUAUUAUUCAUAGUGACUUUACGAAAUAGGGGGAAUUUUGUUCACCUCAAACCUGGCCCGCAUGGUGACAAAUUGUUUCUGCCUGGUGUUAUCUUAUCACCAUUAUAUGAGCAACAUUAUCAUCGCGUGGUGACGAUUAACGGUGAAUUUUAAGAGUGUAGUUAUUCUUAACCAGACUGACGCACACAGAAGUGACUGCUUCAUUCAGGUUUUCGACAAAUUAUACAUUCGGUUUGCUUAAAAGAGCACAAUUCCGGUUUUUCUUCUAUGUAUUUUCAUUUAUUUGGUGAAAUUCGAAAAAUUUCGAAAAUGAAUUUUCCCCAGUAUUUGAAAAAUGUGUGGCGUCCCCCACCCUCCACGGCGUAUGGUCCUUUAAUACGUCUCCUUUCUUAUUGGUCCAUGAUGUCCUGCGCCCUUCCCAUCGUUUUCAGUGGAAAGGGGACCGAAGUCGUUUUGCUUAAGGGCCCUCGACAACUGGGGCUCCUUGCAGCAUCAGUUUUGACCAUGGCCUUAAAUUGUGCCGUGUUUAUGCUACACUUUUGUAAGGCAUGGCUUAGAAAAGGACCACUUUCUAGUAGCAAUCCAGUUUGGAAGGAAUUAAUGAUGGGAUAUUUUUUCGCCGUGCUUGUCAUCAUAUUUGGCUGCCAGAUUGUCUCACUUUGGAGGAAAACAGAAUGCAAGUUUCUUGUCAAGACGGCUUUCGAAAUGGAAACAUUUUGCAGAGAAGUUUGGGGUGCGUCCAACUACACGAUAAAAUACCUCGUUUGGUUCUGCGAGUUGGUGAAGAUGACGUACUUCUCGGUGACGAUAGCAGUUUCCGGUCUGGCCGUGGUGAGACCAUGCACUCCUCCGUCACUUGGAAGCAUUCUGCUCGAAGAUUGUCAGGCCGGAUGGGAACGUCCGGGAGGAAUAAGUUUCACUCAGAAGAUAUUGCUCGGGCUAUUCGAAGGCUACACGUGGUAUUUAAUGACAGUAUUUUGCGUCUUCUUUCAUGGAGGAGUGCUUAUCUAUCCGUCGGAGAUGAUGCGUCUCUGGGUGAUCCUCGUGGAAAGGCAGGCUGAAAAGUCCCCGCAAAAAAUGAAGGCAUACCGAGUCGCGCAAGUUGUUCAAAAUGUGAUCAACUCAUUCUGGAGAAAACCCUUAAUGUCACUGCUCCUCUUGUCAAUUAUGACUGCUGAAAUAAUGUCGAUGUACAUUUUGUCCACGUCUUUUAACCAGUUGACACUUCCAAUCAGAGUAUUUUUCCUGGUCGUUUGGGUCGACUUUUUCUUCGAUAUUCACGUCCUCAUCAAAUGUCUCAGCCUGUCCCACUUGUGCUCGGAACUAUUCGUAAAAAAUAUGAAGGGCAGGACUCGAUCCGCGUGGGGAAAGAGGUUUAUAAGGUCGUGUUCAUCCUUACGAAUUUCGUUGGGGGGAGGAAACUUCUUCGACGGGGUGACAUCACUGGUGAUUUGGCAGUUUUGCGUGGACAGAGUAAUUAAUUUGUUGCUCGUCUAGGGAUCGUGCAUAUAUUACGGUAUAAUUUUACUGGGUGGGUGGUUUAGGUCUUCCUAUCCUUUAAUAUAUGCAUUCGGUAGGUGGGUGGCAAAAAUUGAGAAUUUUUGAUGACGUAAUAUACGGGUGGCCCCCAAGUGAAAAAAUGUAAUGGAUUAUUUUUUGUUAAUUAGUACUUUGUUUACAAAGGUCGGGUGCAACUAGUUGAAAGUAAUGAAUUACUUAAAUAAAAACUGGGAAAGUUGUGCUACAAUUCAAGAUGAUUGUAUUUCUGAAGAUUACCAUAAUCUCGUCUGUUUGAACAGUUAGAAAUAGAGUAUUCAAAUAAUACCGAGCGGUUGUUGUAUGUGUGACACUACCAAAAUGGUAUUACGAAGUACUUCAGUAUGAAAGUUUUACCAUACCCUCUGCAAAUUUGUUUUAUCCGUGAAUGUAAUGUUAUUACCAAGCGGUAACAAUUUUAAUACGGAGGAGUCAAUUCUUGCAAGACUACUGUACCCGAGUAAUAACAGAAUAAGAAUUGUACAAUUCUGAUAUCAAUCUGUACAAUCCUGAUAAGUUUCUGAAUAUUAAAUCAAUUAAUAAAUACCUCCAUUUUGUACAUAAGUUUCACGACAUUCGUAGCUAGGGAUUUGUAAAAAAAUAUUCGUAAAUUUACGUCAGUUACAAAGGGUUGACGUGAAAGAACCUUCGUAAGAAAUAUUUCGUAAAAAUUGGUCGUAAUUUUUGCCUUGCCUUAUAUCAUCAGUAAGUAAAUAUGGUGUUCGAAAUAUCACGAUUUUGUAUUGUUAAGAAAUUGGUUUACGAACGAAAAAGAUUCCUAAACCUUGCGUAUAUUUACGAAGCUUCGUUAGGAUUGAAUUUUCGUAUGUAGAUAUCGUAAAUGUACACUGCAAAUAAACUGGUGUCAAUUCCGCGCGGUGUAGUCACAUAUAGACACCACGCGGUGUUAAUUGCCCG